AGUUACUGUUAGGGCCCAUUCACACCAACGCAGUGCGUUGCGUUAUAUUUUGACGCAGAUGCAACGCAAUGCGCUGAACUUGUUCACACUGCGUUGCGUUGACGCAUGUCAAAAGGUCAUAUUCCGGGUGCCCGUAUUUUGGAUCAGGAACUUGAUAGGCAUUGUGUUUAAGAGCAGAGUAGGUAAGACAGCUGUUGUUUGGAUAUAAAUUUGAGACGUUUUGGCGAUUGUAUAAUGCCGUUGUAUAUCAAUGAUAGUUAUUAUUUUCAAAACAAUGAAAAAUGUACAAUGAUUUUUAUACAGAUUGAUUAGAUAUCGGUAUGGCAGGUAUGGACUUAGAACAUCUCAUAGUUGAGGUCAGAGAAAGGAAGUGUCUUUACGCUGUAAAAGAAGCAGCCUACAGGGAUACAAUUAAAAAGGGAAAGGCGUGGGAAGAGGUCGCAGAGGCGUUGGGAAGAAGUGUGACAGAUUGUAAGACCAGAUGGAGAUCUACAAAGGAUAGGUAUAGGAAAGAGAAAAGAAGGGAAUCAGAGGCUACGAGGAGUGGGGCAGCAGCAGGGGGAUAUAGAGCAUGGAAGUUCAUGGAGGUGCUAAAGUUCCUAGACGAGCACGUCGACUUUCGAACAACGUCUUCAAAUAUUGACGAGGAUGUCACUCUUGUGGUGCUCCAAGAUGGAAAUAAUGUCCAAAUGAGUGGUGAAGCUGACAACUUACCUAAUAUGAACACCAGUUGCACUACAUCAGCAUCUGAUAAAGAUGCACUUACAAAAGCGACUGAUCUUGACGAAACUAUCAUGAGUCUUGUCAACAAAGAGAGUGAUGAUGCUGAAAAAUUUGCAUUGAGCCUCGUAGAUACUCUACGCAGGCUACCAGUACAACGUUUGCAACUUGCGAAAAUUAAAAUUCACGAGCUUCUGUACAACAUCGAAUUUGGGGAAAUAUAAUUUACUUGGAACACAUUGUUUUCAAUUAUUGAUUAUAUGGUAAUCCUGAAGUAUGUGAACGAAGAUGGCAGACACCGAACUUAGUAUGUCUACCAGGUUAGGUUUAGGCAAAAUUUUCAGGUACAAAUACUAAGGGAGUCGCUUGUCUAGUCCCCGAACUAAAUAAGGAAAAUUGGAAUAAAUUAUGGCCUAAACCUAACCUGGUAAACAUACCAGGUUCAGGUGUCCAUCUUGGUUCACAUCCUUAGGGAGUACCAAAUAUACUAGCAUAUCAGAUUUGUAAUACCUCUGCAGUUCAGUAAUCAUCUAUAAAAUUGUUAAAAGAUCAGCAAUGGUGCCAUUGCCAGGGCACAGCACCUUCCCCUGCAAAGUAGUUGGCAAAGGUGUUGCGAACAGAUUGUGCGCUCUGUGUUGCACGGCCACCA